AUGACUAAACCUACAUUUUCUUUACCGCCCUUUGGCUGCUUCCUUUUAUUCUUUUCUAUCUUCUUCUUCUUCUCCUCUGUUGUUUUAGCACUCACCGAUGCAGAAGCUUCAUUUAUUGCACAACGACAGCUCUUGACGUUACCUGAAAAUGGCGAACUUCCUGAUGAUAUUGAGUAUGAGGUUGAUCUUAAGGUGACGUUUGCCAACCAUAGGCUUAAAAGAGCCUAUAUCGCUCUCCAAGCCUGGAAAAAGGCCGUGUAUUCAGACCCGUUUAACACCACAGGAAACUGGCAUGGACCUCACGUGUGUGGGUACACGGGCGUGUUCUGUGCCCCUGCUCUUGAUGAUCCUAACGUCGCGGUUGUGGCGGGGGUUGAUUUGAAUGGAGCGGAUAUCGCAGGGCAUUUACCGGCUGAGCUUGGUUUGAUGACCGACGUGGCCAUGUUCCAUUUGAAUUCGAACCGGUUCUGUGGUAUCAUACCCAAGAGUUUUGAGAAAUUGAGGCUAAUGCACGAGUUUGAUGUCAGCAACAACCGGUUUGUUGGAUCUUUCCCUUCAGUUGUCCUCUCAUGGCCGGCCGUUAAGUUCAUCGACGUCAGAUACAAUGAUUUCGAAGGUCAAGUCCCUCCUGAGCUUUUCAAGAAGGAUCUUGAUGCCAUUUUCUUGAACAACAACAGAUUCACAUCUACCAUUCCUGAUUCCCUCGGAGAAUCAACAGCUUCUGUCGUGACCUUUGCUCACAACAAAUUCAGUGGUUGUAUCCCUAAAACCAUUGGAAACAUGAAGAACCUAAACGAGAUUAUCUUUAAGGACAACAAUCUCGGCGGUUGUUUCCCAUCAGAGAUCGGGAAGCUAGCCAAUGUGAACGUGUUUGACGCUAGCAUGAACUCCUUCACCGGUGUUCUACCACCGAGCUUUGUAGGGCUUACGGGUGUCGAAGAGUUUGAUAUCUCUGUGAAUAAACUCACAGGGUUUGUACCGGAGAAUAUCUGCAAGUUGCCUAAACUGGUUAACUUGACGUACGCGUACAACUACUUCAACGGACAAGGCGAUUCGUGUGUUCCAGGUAGUCGCACGGAGAUUGCAUUGGAUGAUACACGUAACUGCUUGCCAGAUAGGCCUAAGCAACGAUCAGCCAAGGAAUCCUGGAAAAAGGCCGUGUAUUCAGACCCGUUUAACACCACAGGAAACUGGCAUGGACCUCACGUGUGUGGGUACACGGGCGUGUUCUGUGCCCCUGCUCUUGAUGAUCCUAACGUCGCGGUUGUGGCGGGGGUUGAUUUGAAUGGAGCGGAUAUCGCAGGGCAUUUACCGGCUGAGCUUGGUUUGAUGACCGACGUGGCCAUGUUCCAUUUGAAUUCGAACCGGUUCUGUGGUAUCAUACCCAAGAGUUUUGAGAAAUUGAGGCUAAUGCACGAGUUUGAUGUCAGCAACAACCGGUUUGUUGGAUCUUUCCCUUCAGUUGUCCUCUCAUGGCCGGCCGUUAAGUUCAUCGACGUCAGAUACAAUGAUUUCGAAGGUCAAGUCCCUCCUGAGCUUUUCAAGAAGGAUCUUGAUGCCAUUUUCUUGAACAACAACAGAUUCACAUCUACCAUUCCUGAUUCCCUCGGAGAAUCAACAGCUUCUGUCGUGACCUUUGCUCACAACAAAUUCAGUGGUUGUAUCCCUAAAACCAUUGGAAACAUGAAGAACCUAAACGAGAUUAUCUUUAAGGACAACAAUCUCGGCGGUUGUUUCCCAUCAGAGAUCGGGAAGCUAGCCAAUGUGAACGUGUUUGACGCUAGCAUGAACUCCUUCACCGGUGUUCUACCACCGAGCUUUGUAGGGCUUACGGGUGUCGAAGAGUUUGAUAUCUCUGUGAAUAAACUCACAGGGUUUGUACCGGAGAAUAUCUGCAAGUUGCCUAAACUGGUUAACUUGACGUACGCGUACAACUACUUCAACGGACAAGGCGAUUCGUGUGUUCCAGGUAGUCGCACGGAGAUUGCAUUGGAUGAUACACGUAACUGCUUGCCAGAUAGGCCUAAGCAACGAUCAGCCAAGGAAUGUGCGGUUGUAAUAAGCCGUCCAGUUGAUUGUAGUAAGGACAAGUGCGCUGGUGGUUCUAGCCAAGUUAUUCCGUCAAAGUCCCCAUCACCUGUGCCAAGUAGGCCGGUUCAUAAACCACAAACACCAAAAGGGUCACCACAACCAAAUGACCCAUAUAAUCAGUCCCCAGUGAAGUUCCGGCGUAGCCCGCCUCCACCACAGCAACCACAUACCCCAGUGGUUCACUCUCCACCGCCUACACCACCAGUCUUUUGUCCUCCUCCCUCACCCCCAGUCCAUAAACCACAACCACCAAAAGAGUCACCACAACCAAAUGACCCAUAUGAUCAGUCUCCUGUGAAGUUCCGGCGUAGCCCUCCUCCGCCUCAAGUUCAGUCUCCACAACCACCACCGCCGGUAUAUUCUCCACCGCCUCCACCACCGGUUUAUUCUCCACCGCCACCACCACCAGUUCAUUCACCACCACCACCAGUACACUCUCCUCCACCGCCAGUCCAUUCACCACCACCACCGGUCCAUUCUCCACCACCACCGGUAUAUUCUCUACCACCCCCACCACCGGUCCAGUCACCUCCACCAUUGGUUCAUAAACCACAACCACCGAAAGAGUCACCACAACCAAAUGACCCAUAUGAUCAGUCUCCUGUGAAGUUCCGGCGUAGCCCUCCUCCACCUCAAGUUCAGUCUCCACCACCACCACCGCCAGUAUAUUCUCCACCGCCUCCACCACCAGUCUAUUCACCACCACCACCGGUUUAUUCUCCACCGCCGCCACCACCAGUUCAUUCACCACCACCCCCAGUACACUCUCCUCCACCGCCAGUCCAUUCACCACCACCACCGGUACAUUCUCCACCGCGGCCACCACCAGUCCACUCACCACCACCGCCAGUACAUUCUCCUCCACCACCUGCCCAUUCACCACCACCGCCGGUUUAUUCUCCACCGCCACCACCUUCACCGGUAUUCUCACCACCACCACCUGUUCACUCCCCUCCACCGCCAGUAUAUUCCCCACCACCACCGGUAUAUUCUCCUCCUCCACCGCCGGUAUAUUCCCCACCACCACCUCCAGUAAACUCACCACCACCACCACCAGUGUACUCUCCUCCGCAUUUACCGCCAAAGAUGAGUUCAUCACCAACACAAACACCUGUCAACUCUCCUCCGCCACGAGCACCGAUACGGACAGUAGAAGCACCACCGCCAAGUGAAGAAUUCAUCCUUCCACCAUCCAUUGGCCACCAGUAUGCAUCACCACCACCACCAAUGUUUCAAGGCUACUAACUAAUAUUAGAGAGAGUGAAGUCGAAAACGGCAUGAGGAGAAACAAAAGAAGAUAACAAAACUGAUGGAAGACAGAAGAAGAAGAAAAAAAGGAGGGCAAAUGUAACUUAGUGGCAUUAACUCCUUACUUACGAGUAAUCGUACAAAGUUUGUGUAGUAAACUGUUUAUAUAAAACAUCU